AUGGCUUCUUCCAAUCCUUCCAACUUUGCGAACUUGCCAAAAGAUGAGCUGAAAGAGAUUGCCGCCAAGGGCGGUCAUGCUUCUCACGGCUCUGCCAACAACGACUCUACUUCUACUGGCGGCAGUGACAAUGCUGACCGUAAUCCUGACGGUACCUUUAAGAAGGGUAGUGAGCUUGCUUCCGAGUUGGGUGCACAGGGUGGUCAUGCUUCCCAUGGUGCUACAGACACUACCUCGAACAGCAGUGAGGCGGGCCGCAACCCAGACGGCACCUUCACCAAGGGCUCUGAGGUCGCUAGUAAACUUGGCGCGCAAGGCGGGCAUGCUUCGCACGGAUCUAAUCAAUCCGGUGCUGAGACAUCGAGCAACGACAGCGGACGCAACCCCGACGGUACAUUCAAGAAGGGCAGUGAACUUGCUUCCGAGUUGGGCACACAGGGCGGGCAUGCCUCGCACUAG